AUGGUAAGUGAGGAAGAGAGUACUCUUGUCUUAGUGCAUUGCUCUGGAAAAAUCCAAAGAAGCAAAAAAUAUGGUGUGAAGUUCACUGACAGAGAACCACUGAGUGUUUUCAUCAGUUCAUCAAGCACUUUGUCAGAUUUGAAGAACAGCAUCUUGCAGAAGUUUGGGGUAUUUGGUAGCAAGUGGGUGAAGAAGCUAUUCUACAAGAUUUUCAUGGUAGUUGUCUCGACCGGUGUUAAGUAUGAUACCUUUGUGCUAGCGGCUGAUGAAGAUACUAGGUUUCUGUUUCAUUGUGUUAGGAGUUUUUCGAAGGUUAGAAUACACGAGUUGUUCGUGAAGUUGGAGGUUGGUAUCGAUAGUUCUGGGGCAUCAGCUCCAGUUCAUAGCUCGACUGCCGCGGGAGGUGCGUCUAGUUCGAUGCCUGUGGUAAGACCAUCUAUUCUGCUGGUCGGAUCUCCCUCAUUUAUGGCUGAUUUAGAUCGAACGGAGGUUGUUGGUUCUGUACCUUUGGAGAAUCCAGGGGUCUAUGGGCAGGCAUAUGUGGUGGGCACCAGUGGUGGCUUGAUCCAUGAUGCGCAAGGCUUUGGAGAACCUGAUCAAGUAGAGAAUGCAAUGUGUGACGAUGACUCUGACCAUGAGCCUGUUGAUAUCGUUGGGGACAGCGAUGAUGACACAGGUGCAGACGGUGGUCCUACAGUUGGGGGCUCUUCUACAGAAUUUCAGAUUGGGCAAUCAUUCCAGAAUAAAGAUGAGGCUGUUUUGAGUGUGAAGGACUACAACAUCCGUCGAAGUGUUCAGUACAGAGUCAUCGAAUCAGACUAUCUGAAGUAUCAUGGAAAAUGCAAGGAGUUCAGAAAGGGUUGUACUUGGUUGAUUCGUGUAGCGCUGCGUGCACGAAAGGGCACUUGGGAGGUUAUAAGGUACAACAGGCCACACACUUGCUUGGCAACCUCCAUUUCCAACGAUCACCGUCAGUUGGAUUACCACGUUAUCUGUGCGAGGAUUCUUCCCUUGGUUAGGGCAGAUGCUGCGGUUACCAUAAAGGUCUUGCAACAAGCUACAGAAGCCGAUUACGGUUUCAGGCCUAGUUACAGGAAGGUUUGGAUGGCCAAACAGAAGGCAGUGGCAUAG